AUGGAAUUAAAACUUAUUAAACUUUUGUUUUGUAUAUCAUUUGUUUAUAAUAUAAAGGCUUAUGUUUUAAAGAACCAUUUCAUGUUUUUAUCAAGAGCUAAAUGGGCACAUAACAAAAAGGGGAUUAAGUUAAACCUUAAAAUUAACGAUGUCAUUAAUUUUAAAAAUAAUAAGGAGCUAAAACAGGAAAUAAUUAAGCAUUCGAAGCGUUUGUCUUUAGAUUUAAAUGAUGAACAAAUAAAAAACAUAGGAAACAAUUUAUAUGAGUUUUUUUCUUAUUUGAAGUUAAGAGACAUAAAAAUUGGUUUACGAAGGAGAAGAAGUAAAAGAAAUGCAAAACCUUUACCAUUACGUGAAACGGACAAAACAUAUGAAGAAUUUAACACGAGAAAUGUAAGAAAGGACGGCGAUUAUUUUGUUGUUGAUUCCAACAGUUUUUUUCAAUGA